AUGGCUGUUUCAUCAUCUUCUUCUUCUUCGCCUUCCAGAAAUCUGAAAAUAGGUAUAGUGGGCUUUGGCCCCUUUGCACAGUUCCUGGCAAAGAUCAUGAUCAAACAAGGGCAUACUUUACGGGCAACUUCUCGUUCCGAUCAUUCUUCCCUCUGCCAAGAUUUGGGCAUCUCAUUCUUCAGGGACACGGGCACAUUUCUUGAAGCAAAUAAUGAUGUCAUUUUGAUUUGUACAUCAAUCCUAUCCCUAUCGAAGGUUCUCAAUACAAUGCCACUACAUUGCCUGAAACGGUCACCUCUCUUUGUGGAUGUUCUCUCAGUCAAAGAGUACCCGAGAGAUAUUCUAUUGAAAGUACUGCCAGAGGAAUUGGACGUGUUGUGCACUCAUCCAAUGUUCGGGCCGGAGAGUGGGAAAAAUGGAUGGAAAGAUCUUGCUUUUAUGUAUGAAAGAGUUCGGAUAAAGGACGAAGCUACGUGCUCAAGUUUUCUACGAAUUUUCGAAACUGAGGGUUGUAGAAUGCUGGAAAUGUCUUGUGAAGAACAUGAUAUGGUCGCUGCACGGAGUCAAUUUCUUACUCACACAAUUGGGAGGAUUUUAUCGGAAAUGGAGGUCAAGCCCACAUCUAUGAGCACAAAAGGUUUUGAGACACUGAUUCAUCUGAAAGAGAGCACCAUGAAAGACAGCUCUGAUCUGUUUAGUGGCUUAUUCGUCUAUAAUAGAUUUGCCAAACAAGAGCUGAAGAACCUAGAACUUUCCUUAGAAAAGGUUAAGCAAAUGCUACAAGACAAGAUGACCGAAGAGCAGAAUCUGAAUGAGUCUAAGUUUUGAUGUAGAAGUCUUGCCAAUAUCACAUUAAACAUAUACUGUUGUGCUAUGACUAAUUAUGCUUUCCGCUUAGAUUUGGGCAUUCAUUCCUUUUGACUUCUAUUCCUUCACGUUGUUUUAAUUCUCUCUUAGAAGACAUGGGAUUUCUUUUCCAAGAAUGUACCCUGUAGUUUUCUUGUUCUAGGGCUUUAAGCUCUCCUUCCAAUCAAAAUAAAUAAAUAUAAAUAUCCAAUAUGUUAAAAUAAGAA